GUCAAGGCGCUCGGUCCCGCGGGCGAUCUCGCCGCGGAGACGGCGGCCGUCUUGGCGGAGUGCGACGUCCCUUUAACAAACGUCUUUUCGACCGGCGCGAUGAACGAGUUACCGAGGGUCGAUUCGCACGUAUCAUCGGGUCCUGAUACUCACGAUAAAGAGUCCUCGUGGAGCGUACCAAACGCGGAGCUGGCGUCUCGGGUGGACAUGCGGGGGGUACGGACGAUGAGCGUCGACCCGCCGGGGUGCGUCGACGUCGACGACGCGUUGUCCGUUAGGCGAAUCCGAUUGGACACGCGUGCCGACGUGGGCGUGCACAUCGCCGACGUGUCGCACUUCGUGAAGGCCGGAUCGUUCCUCGACUUGGAGGCGUACGCGAGGGGCACCACCGUGUACCUCGCCGACGGCGGCCGAUGCGACAUGCUCCCCGCGCUCCUAUCCGAGAACGUCUGCUCGUUGCUCGGAGGACGCGAACGGCUCGCGGUGUCCUGCGUGUGGACGCUGGAUGCGCAUUGUCGGCCCUAUAUGGGAGGGAUGGGCCCGGAUGGAUCGAAAGGCCCUAACAGCCCGUGGUUCGGUCGAACGGUGAUCCGGUCGAACCAUCAGCUCAACUACUACCAGGCGCAAGCCAUCCUGGACGGCGUUCCGCCGCCCACGAAAGCGGACGACCUGAACGACGCGACCGAGACGCGAAGGGUCCGCGACGACCUCGCCGUCCUCGCCGCGUUCGCCCGGCGGUGUAACGCGGCGCGAACGGCGAGGGGCGCCGUGGAGCUCGCGUCCGCGGAGCUUCGGUUCGAGACGUGCAGCGACGGCGUGCCGAGAGACGUGUUGACGAAGGGCGAGGUACCGAUGAUGCGAAUCGUCGCGGAGUUGAUGAUCGCCGCGAACGCCGCCGUCGCGGAGAAGAUCGUCGCGAGCGACCCCCGCGCGUUCGUGAGAUCCCACCCGCCGCCCCGGCCCGAAGGGUUCGAGGAAUUGGCGGGUUUGAUGAAACGCGCUACGGGGGUCACUUUGGACGCGACCGACGGAACCGCGCUGGCGAAUUCGCUCUCGUCGGCGAUUACGAAGGCGACGUCGUCGGACAAGGUUUUAGUCGCCGUGGCGGCGGCGACGGACGCGCUGUUCCGCGGGAUGGCGACGCGGGCGAUGUCCGAGGCGCGGUACCGCGUCGCUUCCGGCGGAGUCGAAGGGAGUAAUAAUUCGCAUUACGGAUUGGCGCUGACGCUGUACACGCACUUUACGUCUCCGAUUCGUCGGUACGCGGACGUGGUGGUGCACAGGCAGCUCAUGGACGCUGUGACGGGCGGCGGGGACGGGGACGGAGACGAAAAGUCGGCACCCGGGACGUCGAAGAGCUUGUCGUCCCCCGCGGGUUUGGCGAAAGUCGCCGACCACCUCAACGAGCGCAAUCGAGCGGCUAAGCGAGCGCAGGCGCGAUGCGCCGGGCUCUACCUCCUCGAGACCCUCGCGCGUGCACCCCGCGUCGAGCGCGCGGUGGUCCACGAGAUUAAGGACGACGGGUUCGUUGCGUUCGUGCCGAGGUUCCACGUCCGC